UCUCCUGCAGAUUCUGGACCAGAGUCAAGACCGGAUUGUGCCCCCCUCACCCAGCCCAGUCCUGAAGACAGGAUGGGGAAGGCCACCUGCCUCCAGGUCCUGCUCUUGCUGGAGCUAGGUGCGGCAGCGACACCAGAGUCCGCAGCCUGCGGGCAGCCCCGCGUGUCCAGUCGGAUCGUGGGGGGCCGGGACGCCCGGGACGGAGAGUGGCCGUGGCAGGCGGGCAUCCAGCACCGCGGGGCGCACGUGUGCGGGGGGUCGCUGGUCGCCCCGCAGUGGGUGCUGACCGCCGCGCACUGCUUCCCCAGGCGGGCGCCGCCGUCCGAGUACCGCGUGCGCCUGGGGGCGCUGCGCCUGGGCCCCACCUCGCCCCGGCGACCAGUGCCCCUGAGCGCCCGCGUCCAGCCUGUCUGCCUGCCCGCCCCCGGCGCCCGCCCGCGGCCUGGCACACCGUGCUGGGUCACUGGUUGGGGCAGCCUCCGCCCAGGAGUGCCACUCCCAGAGUGGCGGCCCCUUCAGGGAGUGAGGGUGCCCUUGCUGGACUCGCGUGCCUGUGACCGUCUGUACCACGUGGGGGCCCACGUGGCCCAGGCAGAGCGCAUAGUACUGCCUGGGAACCUGUGUGCCGGCGCCCCCGAGGGCGGCAAGGACGCCUGCCAGGGUGACUCUGGGGGCCCCCUAACCUGCGUGCAGUCUGGGCGCUGGGUCCUGGUGGGCGUGGUGAGCUGGGGCAAAGGUUGUGCCCUGCCCAACCGUCCUGGCGUCUACACCAGCGUGGCUUCAUAUAGCCCCUGGAUUCAGGCCCGCCUCAGCCUGAGCGGGGCGGCCAUGCCAGCCUGGAGCCAAGUGCAGACCUUCCGCCUCCAGGUCCAUCUGGGGCCGACCACCCCAGGCCCAGACUGAAGUGCCCAAUGGAAGACAGGGCCGUGACCCCUGCCUC